AUGCUUUACGACCCAACCUCUGCACAACACCUAAAGCCCUGGUUGGUUCGAACUCUGGAACCAAUAUGUGACGCGGAGCCUGGGGCACUUGCUGAAUACAUUCUCGCUUUACUGAAGCACAAUGUCCCGGAAAACGAGAUGAGGAAAGAGCUCAGCUCCCAACUGGAAGAGUUUUUAGAGAAAGAGGGACCCUCAUUUAUAGAUACAUUAUUCACUGUUCUCAGAACCAAGUCGUAUCUCCCUUACACGGCCAGCGACCCAACAAGUUCUUUCUCAUUGCCCUCACAUCCACAGUCCGCAGAUACUGGAAUUCCUAUACCUCUGGAUGCUCUUUUAUCCAAUCAUUCGCCGACGGACAGAGGACAGAAACGAUCACUCGAACAUGAUGAACGUGACGGGCGCCCACCCACUAAAGGUGCUCGGUUAAGUGUGGAAGGCCAAUUUUCACGGUAUUCCAAUGGUCGUGACUCUCGCUCCACCGGCGCAUGGAGUGGUGGUCAAAAUAAGGCUGGGGGCCAAGGAUUGAUGAUGAAUGGUAUAAUGGGUGUCGGGAUGAAUGGCAGUAAUCAAAAUGUGAACACUCGACGACAGCAAAAUUAUCAACCCCCAGACCAAAGAAAGGGAAUUUGUCGUGAUUAUCAUAAUAAUGGAUAUUGUGCUCGUGGUGCACUAUGCAAGUAUAGUCACGGUGACGAUGCUUUCGUCCCAUCGCAAAUGUUUCCUAUGAAUGGUGCUGUGCCAUUCUUACCAAUGUUUGGUGGAAUACCAUUUGGCAUGGCGCAAGGUGCCCCCUAUGACCCACACGAGGCACGCAUGGAUAUGCGCCCGAAUGGCGGCGGCAUUGGCAUGGGUCGUGGGACCCAACGUGCACCUCUACUCCCCAGAGUUCCGCAAGAGGACGGCGGUCAAAUUACUCAUGCGGCGGACAGGUCUGGUGAACUUCCGGUCAUACAGGACCUAACUCCUCAGAUGGCUCCAGAGUCCGCAUCGUCGAUCGCACCCCCAGCAGACCGCGUCCCACAGAGUUCCACACCUAUACAGCAGCAACCAGUUCAACCCAUGGACGUGGAGAUGGGUGUUCCAAAUGUGCCUGGGCCCUCGACGUACAGUAUGCGUGGUGGAUUCGGAGGAGGGAUGAAGGGUGCACCUCGUGGCCGAGGGGUUUUUGGUGCUGAUGCACAGACCUUCCGCCCAGAACGACGGCAAGAUAAAACACUCGUGGUAGAAAAGAUUCCAGAGGACAAGCUUAGCCUUGACGCUGUCAAUGGUUGGUUCAAGCGCUUUGGGACGGUCACCAACGUUGCAAUCGAUGUUCGCAGCGCCAAGGCGCUCGUGAGUUUCUCUGAGCACACCGAGGCGCAUGCUGCAUGGAAGUCAGAGGAUGCUGUUUUUGGGAACCGGUUUGUAAAGGUCUUUUGGCAUCGGCCCAUGGAAGGACAUGGGCAAACAGGAUCACGAAUGCUAGCAGCCUCUGCACCACUACUAGCCAACCUGACUGCGCGAGACGCUCCCAAGCCUUCUGCACCAUCCCAGCCUCCUGUAUCGCACGCCACGACUCCCGCGCGUAAACAGCCCGUUCAGUCUACCGCUGUGUCAGAGCUCGCAGCGAAGCAGAAGCUGCUGGAGCAGCAGAUAGCGGAGCAGAAGUCUUUAAUGUCUUCAUUAGAGACCGCUUCCGCCGAGGAGAAGAAAGGGAUUCUGGCAAGAUUGCGGAAGUUAGGAGAAGAGAUGACUCUGCCAUCAGUACCAUCACCGUCAGCUACUCCCGCCAAGGUCCAUUCGCCUGCACCCGUCCCGGCCACUCAGAAUGAUCACGAAAAAAAGGAGAGAGAGCGGUUGGAUAAGGAGCUUGAGUUGCAUGCUGUUGGGGAGUCUACGGAGGAACUUAAGGCUAAACUUGCAAAACUAAGGGAGGAGGCAGCGAGUCUUGGAAUAUCGGAGACCAGUGCUGAGACCUCGUAUGGUGCACCGUACCGUGGAUUCAGGGGUCGCGGUCGCGGGGCACGUGGCGCCUUCUAUCGCGGAGCACCGCGAGGCGGUCCUCCCAGGGCAAGCAUGAAACUCGACAACCGUCCAAGGAAGCUGUUGGUCAAGGGUGUUCGCGAAGACAGUCUGCAAGCAUUGCGGGAUUGGUAUGAAACCACCGGUCAGCUCGAAUCAGCAGAGAUCAUUGGUGAUGAUGAAGUUCUCGUCAGUUUUAGGACGAGAGCUGCUGCCGAGCAGGGUUUUGCCAAGGGAUCAACUAUCGCCGCAGUAGGGCCAGUGAAAAUGUCAUGGCACACUGCCCAGCCCUCGCAAGCAAGACCACAAGAUGUCACCGCGCCCUCAUUACAAACUGCCACCACAAAAGAUGCACAUCCGGACGAUAUGCGGAGUGCUUCGCCGUCUCAAGGACGCCGUCCUUCUCCCCGUCCACAGGAAGAAGAAGUUGUUGCUAUUGGAUGGGGCGACGGUGAUGAAGAUGGUAUGGGCAUGUUUUGA